AUGGACGGCAGGACUGCGGAAACCGGGGAUGACGGGAGCACGAGUGAGGAAGCGGCCGCCGGCCUCUGCCUACAGCUUGACCUGGGGGACACCGAUUCAGCUAAGAGGGCUCAGAUAACAGAGAUGCCGUCCCCAUUUGGAGUGGGCGCUGCCCAUGAGAAGAAGAUUGGUCACAGGAGGGUGGAUGCCUCUGGAGAGACAACAUACAAGAAGACCACCUCCUCUGCCUUGAAAGGGGCCAUCCAGCUGGGUAUUGGAUACACUGUCGGCAACCUCAGCUCCAAGCCUGAGAGAGAUGUGCUGAUGCAGGACUUCUAUGUGGUGGAAAGCAUCUUCUUCCCCAGCGAAGGCAGUAACCUCACUCCAGCCCACCACUACCCAGACUUUAGGUUUAAAACCUACGCCCCUGUGGCCUUCCGUUACUUCAGAGAGCUCUUUGGGAUCCGACCAGAUGACUACCUGUAUUCUCUGUGUAACGAGCCACUGAUCGAGCUCACAAAUCCAGGAGCUAGUGGCUCCAUAUUCUACGUAACCCGCGAUGACGAGUUCAUCAUCAAAACUGUUCAGCACAAAGAGGCUGAGUUUCUACAGAAACUCCUUCCUGGAUAUUAUAUGAACUUGAACCAGAACCCCCGGACCCUGCUGCCAAAGUUUUUUGGCCUCUACUGCGUCCAGUGUGGGGGCAAGAACAUCAGAGUUGUUGUGAUGAACAACAUUUUACCACGCUCUGUGCGCAUGCACCUCAAGUUUGAUCUGAAGGGCUCCACAUACAAGAGGCGAGCAUCCAAGAAGGAAAGGGAGAAGUCCAAACCCACUUUUAAAGACCUGGACUUUCUGAGUGAUGUUCCUGAGGGCCUCACUCUGGACCAGGACACAUACAGCGCUCUGGUCAAAACUCUGCAGAGAGACUGUCUGGUUUUGGAAAGUUUUAAGAUUAUGGACUACAGUCUGCUGCUGGGGGUCCACAACAAGACCCAAGCAGAGCGAGAGCGUCAGGCUCAGGGCUCACCUGCAGGAGGCGGGGAUGAAAAGAAGCGUGCCGCUCAGAGAGCCUUGUACUCCACUGCGAUGGAGUCCAUACAGGGAGGCUCCACGUGCAGGGACACACUGGACCACGAUGACACUAUGGGUGGUAUUCCAGCUGUGGGUGGGAAAGGAGAGCGUUUGCUGCUGUUCAUUGGAAUCAUUGACAUCCUGCAGUCCUACAGAAUGAUAAAGAAACUGGAGCACUCUUGGAAGUCCCUCAUCCAUGACGGGGACACAGUGUCAGUUCACAGACCUGGUUUCUAUGCUGAGAGGUUCUACAAAUUCUGUAGCACCAUUGUCUUCAAGAAGAGCUGCUCAUUGCGAUCAUCUCCAUCGAAGAGAGGACGAGGGGCUCUCUCCAUGUCCAAGUCCAGUGCUGGAACAGGUUCUGCUGGGCAGCGUCCCUCAGUGAGUGAUGAGAGGCAGGAAAACCUGGACAACUUGGAGAACCUACGAGGAGCUCGCAGCUUCCCUAUGCUGGAGGACAACGGGAGAGAACCACCCUGCACUCCGCCAUCCUUUGAAGAUGCUACAACAGCCUCUAUCGCUACCACGCUCUCCUCUAACAACUCCUUACCCACCACCCCUUUCGAUACACCAGAGCACCCACGCUACAGGAGGCAAAUGCAUUCCCCAAGUGUGGCCAGGUCACAGAAAGUUGCUGUUCAUGGGGAAAAGCAGGACACCAUAACAGUGGAGGUGGAGCUCAGUAAAAUCCCAAAAAGCACAGAGCUCACACAGCUGACAGACAUGACGUCCCCAAGCCACCUGUCACCUGAUCUUCAACCCCAUGUCAUCGCUUCAUCCACCUCUCCCGCUAUUAAUACAUCCCCUGCAUAUUCUUCCACCACUCUUCCUCCUUCCUUCACAUCUUCCUCCUCCGCUGCUCAGUCAGCGGGCCAGUCAUCCUCCACACUCACUUCAUCCAUCCGUCCAUCCACCAAACCACUCACCUCUCCCACAGCGGCUCAGUCUUCCACUCUUUCUUCUCCAGUCUCUCAUCCAGUUGCACAGUCCACACUCCUCACUUCAGCUCCGAACACGUCCGCCCUCCCUCCUGCCUCAGCAUUUACUCCCAUCCGCCCUGCAUCUCCUCACUCCUCUCACCACUUCCCCUCGACCCCUCCCUCCUCCCAGCCUCCGAGCCCCCAGGUGCCUCAGCGGGCGCCGCGUGCAUCAUGCAAUCAGCUGUCUGUGUCCAGCAGCCAUAACUCUCUGGAUGGGGAGGUGCCGGUGUCUGACAUCUACUUUUAUGCAGAUGGCAGAUAUUGGGUGUACUCUCCAGUUCUUGGCCGUCGUAAGCUAAACUCUAGCUCAAGUUACAAUCAGAAUCAGGAGGAUCGGAGCUGGGUGUACUCUCCUCUGCACUGCAGCUCAGGGUCCAGAAGGUGCUCAGAUGGGGAGAGUGAGACAUAACUCACAGUGGAGACAGCAGUGACGGGUGGAGCCAGAGGCUGUCUCCAUAUACAGAAGCUGUGAGGUUUUGAUAGCAAAGCCACCAGGACACUAUGAGAAUUAGUGCUGGUUGCCCAGACUGCAUGUGGAAGCUUGCUUUGCCAACACAGACUAAAGGAAUGAACUUAUAGAGGCAUUUAAGUAUACAACAAUACAAUACAUGCAUACACUCAUGCAGUCAAACAAACUUAUAACUAUCAAAGUAUUAUGCAAAAAAACAAAAAAAAUCAUCAGUUCCUGGACAAUCUGAUUGACAUCAGGCAGAGAUGAAAUCAGUCUGCUGAGAGGCACUGUGAAGGACGUGGUGGCUGUUGAGUCAGGUAUUACUGCAGUGCUGCUGCUGCUGCCGCUGCCGCCUGCUGUUUUUAGGUUUUUCGUGUUCGUGAGUCACGCUGCACUGUGCCAGCUCUGGCUAUGCAAUAUGGACGUACACAUUAUUGAUUUCUCUUUUUGACUAAUGCUACUUCAACUACUUCGGAGUUGAUUCGCGCAUUUAUUUUUAUUUAGGGGUGCAUCAAAGCUGUAUAUAAUAUUAUUUUUAGCACUUUAUCAUGUGGCUGCAGUCUUCUGAAAUCGUAUGUGUUUUGUUAUUUUGUCACCAGUUGUCGUGGAAAAACUCAAACUCCAGUAAUGUUUUGUGUGUGGUGUGUACACAGGGUUCUGUCUGCUCAGUGGUGUGUGGUGGUCCACUUAAGAAAACUUCUAUCUGACUGUGAAUGGUUCUGUUCAAAAUGCCUUAUUGACAAACUCAUUUUCAUAACUGUUUUUGAUAUUUGGGUCACUUGUAAUCAUUAAGAAAACCAUACAGAGCAUUUCAUUGAGUAAAUACCAAAUGUUUGAAGCAGAGUUAAGACAAUAUAGCAACCAUGCAUUUUACACCUUUUCAGGAUUUAGGACCAAGAGAUCAAGAGAGAACUGAAGGAAAAAAAUGAAUCUAAUGGUCUUUUGUAAAUUGUUGUAGAUGAAGUGUGUGUGUUUGUGCUUAAACACAUGCAUGUAAGUCUGUACGUGCUCUUAUGUCUCUGUCCGUGCAUGUGUUUGCAUGCAUAUUGGUGUUUGAUUGGGAGACAUGUUAGUGUAAGAUGAUUCUGUCCUGCCUAUUUGUCAAAUUGUCAAAAGGUGUAACUUCCAUUUGUUGUUAUAGUCCCUGAAAGUCUGAACCAGCUAUAAGCAUGUUGGCUGUGCGAGAAAAAUGAAAUCUAGCUACCCCAGUCUUUAAUGACACUGGAUUAACCACACAUUAUGAAAGUAAACAAACUGAGCUAAACUGAAAUAACCUCAAUUUUCUGUACUGUUCCGUGAGAAGAUGAAUCUACUGCUGCCACAUGCAGAACCUUCCUUCUUCUGUACAUGAUGAUACUUGUGGCGACAAGAUUGACCACAAUGAGACUUCCUGACUGUGUCGAAAAGCGCUGCUGUAACAUACUGUAUUACUGUAUUAUUUGGGUCUGCUGAAGCUAACCUGCCCGUUUGAAGGCAACAGUGUUUGUAGCUGAUCACUG